AUGAUUUUUUGGGAAACAUUGAUAUUUUCACUUGUCAUUCUCAUUUCUGAAUGUUGUCGAUGGCCGAAUUCGGAUGUGCUUUUCAUUAUCGAUUCUUCUCUGCACAUAAAACCCGCCGAUUUUCAGAGAGAGCUCGAUUUUGUAGCCAAGUCGAUCGAUCAAAUGGAUCUUUCCCCAGCUGGUUCUCGUGUCUCACUCGCCAUGUUUACUCCAAUGGGUCGUUUCGUUUUCCCGUUCUCCGAUCAGGCUAAUCGACGGGAUCUUCAAUCGCGCAUUCAGUCUACCACUUAUGCUCCAUGCGAUCCAAACACGAGUCCAACCCGUUGUCUCCCGUGUGCCAGUGUAAAUUCGAUUGCCAAGUUUGCUCUAGCGCAAGGUAAUCGAAAGCCGUUUCCCGAUGUGAUCGUCGUGAUCUCUGGGGGAAAAUAUCAGAUUCCCGAGUUGCUAAACAAAGAGGUGCUCUUGUCUCCAAACUCUCCAAUUCAUGCUUUCUAUAUUCUCGUCGAUGGAACGUAUCCCCAGAUUGCUGAUCAACACUAUGCAGCCACUGCCAAUACUUUGAAAGUAAAGUCGAUAAAA